AUGGAGGGGUUCAUAUCAGCAUAUCUUGAAAUAUUUGGUGGUACAGAUCGGGUCACCGCACGCAACAAAUUGAAAGGUUGCAAACAGCACUUCCGAGCCUCUGUCACUCGAAUCAAACGGAAUCGGGCCGUGAUCCAGGCUGACGAAGUUUCAUUGCUACUUUGCAAUGAAGAUGGCGGCCCCACCCACGGCGAAAAAAUCGAUGCCUUACAUCGCCGGUUCCCCAAGGUGCGCAGGUGGAUCGACUGGUGGACUACGGCAGACAUCGAGGCUAUGCUUUUUCCCAGCCGGCGUCAAAUGUUGGACGACAGUCCCAACACCGAUGACGGUCUUCCAGAUACAACAAAUGCACAAGAGAGCAUGCACAGAGUCUACUACAUGCUCAGCACGGGUAAAAAAUCUCUCAUGAUUGGGAUGAUUGAGCUCUAUGCAUUUGUCACGGCCCUGGAGAAGGACUGGGUACAAGUCCAGCGAGGCAUUCCGAUUGCUUAUGGCUCCCUUCCGGCAAAACAAGUCAACAUUUCGCAGUCAGUUGGAUGGAACAAAGCAACUAAGAGACAGAAAGCCGCUUGGAACGAUGGCCGAGCCCCAGACACAACCAAACAGCUCCUUGCGGCAUCUGAACAACCAAUGAAACAUGCCAAGUUAGGUAGACCGAAGAAUUCACCAAAUGUCAACAAGGACCCUCAGUCCACCUAUGUCUCCUACGGAGCUUCGACUAGUACGCUGGGGCGCAAUCGAUGUUGGCUCGCGGCCGCGUUAGAAUCGCUUUAUGCAGUUUACAGCCCACUGUGGCUCCAAGAACCCGGUGGAAAACAGAACGAUCUAUUCUUUGUACUCGUAUCCCACUUCACAACACGGUCAACUUACGAGAUGUGCAAGAGCCCACAAAUACGUUCAAUCCUAACGCGCGGUUCAAACAAGAUAUUUAUCGAGACACAGAAACUUUACCCACUCAAUUUUAUCUCUGGGGCCUUUUCCUCAUGUGAUUUAUUUUUGGAACUUGUCUUGGACGUCAAGAAGAAUAAGUCCAAGACGCUACCAAAAUUGUUUUGUGUCCAGGAAAACCGAUCCUUCACUUGUCCGCUCCACCCUGGGCAACAGCAACAUCCCCGAGGCUCUCGCCAGCUAGGUUUCCUCAACAUCACAAAAUCGAUGUUUGAAUCAAAUGCAAUCGACUGUACAAACGCAGCAGAGCUGAUCAAUCGAUGGGCCACCGGGGGCCUAGACGGGACUUCUGGACUACAAUGCUCGGCAUGUAACAGCAAGCCAUCCUGUAACACUUCACCAUCCUCCAACUACCUACUUGAGAGGUCUACAAUCUCGAUUAUCAAUGGUGCACCUCCGGCACAUUUACACUUUCAUGUCAAUGUGGCAUUGCUCUCCACAGAGGAUGAGCAAAUUCAGUUCAUGGGGGCAAUCCAUUGGCCAUUCAAACUGAGAUUUGCCGGGGAGGAAUACACCUUGAUUUCUCGUGGCUUUUGGGGGAAUUCCCAUUACUGGGGGAAGGUCUUGAGACACAUCAAUGGUGUCACCGUCGUCUGGAUGCACGAUGACCGAUCAAAUGCCGGGAUUGCACAAUUGGUCGACCGGGUUCCGGGCAGCAUUAGUGGGGCACAACCACACACCAGCUGGUUGAUCUACUCUCAAAGGUGGACUUCGGAUGAGAGUGCCUUUAUCGACCAAAGCAUUGCAAAUAUCCAGCGCGACAACCCCACAGCAAAAGCAGAUGAUAUUCCUUUCAUCAAUAUGGGGGCUGUGCUCCAAGCUACCUACGAUUCUGCUUUGCCUCAUCUUACACAAGGGCAAACAACCCAGGAUAAUUCUACCGUAGCAAUCACACAUUCACAUGGUGAAAACAAACGGCAAGAUGCUGAACAUAUGCUACCACCGGUCAAUUCAAAUUCCGAGGGCCUGAAGAUUCGCAUACGAAGGAUCCAAACAGACGUUCACUCUCCUUCCAUCCCUGCAGAGUUAGCUGUUGAUCGUGGCGGUGGCCCCAAGGAGAAUGCAACUGCAACAAAACCCUACCCGACUGUGUUGUCCUCGGACCCACCUCUUGAUUCUGAAACACAAAAUUUUGUGGAACAGCCUCUUUCAACGGAACCACCAGAAAAGCCCAAGAAAAACACAGAGCCACAUCGGGCCAAGCCUCGCAUUUUUGCCGGAAAGACCAAGAAACCCAAGGCGCUGCUUGGUCGGCCAAAGGCCAGGAAGCUUGCAGACAAGAAAUUCAUCCCGGAGCCUUUGACUGACGCCGACUGGGCUCGCAUAUCGGCCACUUAUUGGAAUAACCGGCGGAAGGAGGAGGAGAUGUUGUUGGCUUCGGAUUCAAAACAUGCGGCAGCGACUGGAUCAAGUAAAAUGGUGGAGACGGUCGAUGAUCCUGAUCUCACUGAGACCACUCAACAGAAUUCACGAGCCCCUGGCGCGAAAGCCGUCCGUUGGUCUGCAAGAAACCGCCGUGUGUGA